CACCGUAUUGUUUGUUUCCAUGUAUAACUUUCUCCGACUUUCUAGGACGUGUUUUAUGCCACUUCUUUUUCUGUCUCAUUUUGUCCACCACACUUUUAACGUGCGUGAAUGCACAAAGAUGGAGAGUGAAGUUGAGAGGGAGGAGGACAUCACUCUUGCUAAAACGUCGCCUGAUCCUUCACUUUUAGAGGAAAACGUGUCGGCAUGUCCCCUCUUCCAAGGCCUAGAUGAGAUGCUGUCACUGGGGAAAAUCAGUGCAGACAAAGCGGCCAAGUUGAAAGCGCUCUACAGUGAGAUGAGUGAAGCACUAAAAAGUGCCCAGGAAUCCGAGUUAAAGCUUUUGAAAGAGACAAAGAAGUUCCGUGCCGACCUAAAGAGGCUUCAUGCCGACUUGGAGAGAACAGAAGAGCCCAAUACCUCUGAGGAGCCCACGAGUGAGGCGGACAGACUGAGGCUUGAGCUCCUGCAGGCGUUCAAUGAACUGAAAGCAGUGGAGGACAGGGACUACAUGACACAGCAUCAGCUCAAGUGUCUCCGGGAAGAGAAGCGGUAUCUGGUGAAGGAGAACAACAUUCCGCUCCAACCUGAUGAGGAGAUGGAGAGCACCACAAAGACCCUCCAGGACAAAUGUGAGAAACUUCAAAAAGAGGUGGCCCAAAGACAGGGGGAAGUCAGAAGUCUGAUGGACGAUAUGGCAACCCAUCAAACGCAGUUAUUGCAGGAACAGAACGAGCUGGAAGACGUGAGGAAAAUCAUUGAGCUCAAAGAGGCCGAGAAAGCUCAGCUCCUCGCCGCACCUGAGCAGAUUUUAAAAGAGAUUGGAGGGAAACGCUCCAAGGGAGAAGCCGCAGUGAAGGUGCUGGAAGGGAUGGACGCCGAGGUUUCCGACAUAAAGCGGCAGGCCAGGGAGGUGAAGGAGCACAACCGCCUCCUCGGGGCACAAAAGGAGGAGCUCGCCAAGGAGCUGGAGGCUCUCAAGGCUCAAGUGGAGGCCUUUGAGAGGAGGUGCGGGCAGCUGGAGAAAGAGCAGGAGGUCAGCAGGGAAGAGGAGGCGGAGCUACUGGGGCACAGAGGGAUCCUGGAAAUGAAGUUGCAGAGUAUCAUGUGCGAGCAUAAGCUUCUCUUCAAGAGUCAAUCCAUGCAGCUCAGAGAGAAAAAAAGGCAGAUGCAAGACUUCAAGAGGAUGGAGCGAGCGCUGACCAUGGCCACCGAGCAGUUUAAACGCACGCAAUCUACCUGCGUCGACCUGCAAGCACAGUUAGACACUCUUCCAAAAAGAGGGGCCAGAGUCGCGCAGAGGAUGGCUCUUCAGAAAGAAGUGGAUGCUCUCAAAGUCAGCUUUGAAAAACAGUUGUCAAGAAGCAAACAAGCCAGCCAGAAGCAGCAGCAGUAUGGGAUCAUUCAGGAGCUGCUGAGGGAGUCAGACGGCCUGAGAGAAGAACUGCAUCAUCUCCGCUGUCUCACAUACAUUAAAGCAGAGGAGAGGGGCCACAAGCACCGUGAGAUGUUGCGAGCUCAGCAAAUGAACCAACACAUCCGACAAGAACUGCAAGAGAAGGAGCUCAUCGCCAUGCACCACAGCAAGCUGAGUGCUAUGCUGCAGCGCAGACUGCUACAGUACGGCGAACUUUGCGACGCAAUCACCGAGGAGAAAAAGAAGUAUGUCAAGCUAAAGCAAAUUGCCUCGGAGAGCCUCGCCGAGUUACUGGAGCAGGUGAAGGUGCUGGGAAAUGAGCUGCAGAUCCAGAAAAGUAUUGUGACCAGGAAGGACAGGUUACUGAGGAAAGUUGAUAUGAAGAUCUCCAAAAGCAGCAAAAUGAAGGACAAAUUACGCCUCGACAUCAACAAGGUUGCUUGGCAGAGCCGUCAGGUCAGCCAGGAGCGUGAGGACAAUGAAGUGGAGUUACGGAGGCUGAGGCAAAUGAUCAGCCACCAGGAGCAAGCACUUCUCCAUAUGAACAAGACCCAGGAAGGAAUCGUGCAGCGGCGCAAUCUGCUAGGCAUCCAGUUGCUGGAGCACGAGGAGGUGUUGUUUGACUACCAGAAGAAGGUGAACAUGCAGGAGGCGGCCAUCACAGAGGGCAACCUGGAGCUGGAGAACCUGGAGAAGGAAAUGAGGGAUUUGAAGUUGGUCAUCAGCGAGUUGACCAGACAGAUCGGCUUCAAGGGGAAGGAGGUGCUGGUCCAGAAGGAACUGGAGGAGCAGCUGACCAUGCUGCAGAUAGAGCUGCUGGAGGCCAGAGAUCAGAAGCUCGAUAACCUGAUGAAAACAACAGAUUAUAAAGAGCUAAAAGGCUCCGAUCCUUCGUCCUCUGACCUGGUCAAGAAGAUUGAGAAGCUGGAGGCCAACCUCGCCGAUAGAGAGAGGCAGCUUUCAGAGAAAGAGCUGCUGGUGGAUCAGGUGACCCGGCUCUCGAAGUCACUCCAAGAACAGAACGAAAACUGCCACCAGGACAGACUGUUGCUGGCCAAGAAGUUGAAUGAGAUGCGGACACACAUCAUCGACACCAGCCGCCGUCUGAUGGCCACGUCUGCCGAACUGUCAAUGAAGCAAGCGGCCGUCUUGUGCCUCCAGCAGGAAACCAAAGAGAAAGAGCUCCAGAUGGACAGGUGUCAGAGGCGGCUGGAGCAAGGCCUGCCACCCUGCCCCGACAUGGAGGAGGAGUGGAGGAGGAUGCUACGGGACAAGAAGAGGAGACAGAGGGACAAAGAGGAACGAGAGAGGACGGCGGACGAAGACGAGUGGAACCAGUUGCCUAACGGUCAGUUCACCACGGCCGAGAGCCGGCCCGACGCCUACGUACCCCAGACGGACGAUCUCCCUCUGCCCAAGCCCUACGGAGCACAAGCCCCCUUCAAGCCCACCCAGGCAGGUGCCAACAUGAGACAUAUACGCAAACCGACGCACCUCAAACCACUAGAGUUGUCGUAAAAACAUCAAAACACAUUUUUAACUAGAUGAGGUGUGAAUGCUCCAAUGCUGAAGUUGAACUGACAUUCUGACAGAAUGUAGUAUGAAUGUAAAACUAGUUUAAAUGUUGAAUAGUUGGAAUUUCCAGGAAAACCGGAAAUUGCUUUGGAACUUGGGAGGGUGUUAGUUUGAAUGUCCAGGAUGAGUGAAAUGUGUUGAUGUUGGAAUGGUUUGAAUAGGUUGAAAAAUGUGGGAAUUAUGGAACUUUGAAAAAUGUCCCAUUCAUUUCAAUGGGAACUUCAUGGAAAUUUGGGAAUUUUGGGAAAACCGGGAUUUUUAAAAAAUAAAUGAUUAGGAGCAUGAAUCUCCUGAUUGAGCUGAAUUGGUUGGUGUUGGAAUUGUUUAAAUCGGUCAAGAAAUGUUGAAGUAGUGACAGGGAAUUUUGGUUGUUUAAUUUCCAGGAUGAGUUGAAUGUGUUGAAGGUGGAAUGCUUUGAAUCGGUUGAAAAAUGUUGGAAUUGUGGAAGUUUAAAAAAUUGACAAUUCAUUUUGAAUGGGGAAAAUGUCCCUGAAAACUCGGAAUUCUUGGAAAUCCGGGAAUUUUUUUUAAAUUGUUGAAAAGGAGCACACAAUUUUGAACAGGCUGAAUAUUUUGGAGUUCGAACGGUCUGAAUAAAAAAAUGUGGGAAUUAUGGAACUUUGAAAAAUGUCCCAUUCAUUUCAAUGGGAAUUUCAUGGAAAUCUGGGAUUUUCGCGAAAAACUGGAAUUUUUGGGGAAAAUGUUAAAAGACUUGAAUGUUCUGUCUGAUUGGUUGGUGUUGGAAUUCUUCAAAUCGGUCGAGAAAUGGUAUUAAGAAAUUCCAGGAAUUUCGGGAAAACAGGGAAUUUUUCAAGUUUAAAAAACAACUUUGUUUUUUGUCCUGAUUAAGAGGAAUGUUUGGACAGUGGAACGGUUGAAAUGGGUUGAAAAACGUGGAAGGAGUAGUUGCCAGAAAAAAGGGUGGAAAAAAGGGUUUUCUGGGAUUUCCUGGAAUUUUUUUGAACUUGGAAAAAUGAUAGUUCGAAUGUCCAGUAUGGUGGAAUGUGUUGAAGGUGGAAUGGUUUGAAUCGGUUGAAAAAUGUGGGAAUUGUGGAAGUUUAAAAAAUUGACAAUUCAUUUUGAAUGGGGAAAAUGUCCCUGAAAACUCGGAAUUCUUGGAAAUCCGGGAAUUUUUUUUAAAUUGUUGAAAGGGAGCACACAAUUUUGAACAGGCUGAAUAUUUUGGAGUUGGAAUGGUUUGAAUCAAAAAAAUGUGGGAAUUAUGGAACUUUGAAAAAUGUCCAAUUCAUUUCAAUGGGAAUUUGAUGGAAAUUUGGGAAUUGCAGGAAUUUUUUGGGAAAAAUGUUAAAAGACUUGAAUGUUCUGACUGAUUGGUUGGUGUUGGAAUUAUUCAAAUCGGUCGAGAAAUGUAUUAAGGAAUUCCAGGAAUUUCGGGAAAACCGGGAAUUUUUCAAGUUUAAAAAACAACUUAGUUUUUUGUCCUGAUUAAGAGGAAUGUUUGGACAGUGGAACGGUUGAAGCGGGUUGAAAAAUGUGGAAGGAGUAGUUGCCAGGAAAAAGGGUGAAAAAAGGGUUUUCUGGAAUUUCCUGGAAUUAUUUUGAACUUGGAAAAAUGAUAGUUAGAAUGUCCAGUAUGGUGGAAUGUGUUGAAGGUGGAAUGCUUUGAAUCGGCUGAAAAAUGUGGAAAUGGUGGAAGCUUGAAAAGUGGCCAAUUCAUUUUGAAUGGGAAAAAUGUCCCGGAAAACCUGGAAUUCUGGGAAAUCUGGGAUUUUUUUUUUUAUUGUUGAAAAGGAGCUCACAAUUUUGAACAGACUGAAUAUUUUGGAGUUGGAAUGGUUUGAAUAAAAAAAUGUGAGAAAUAUGGAACUUUGAAAAAUGUCCCAUUCAUUUCAAUGGGAAUUUCAUGGAAAUUUGGGAAUUUCGGGAAAAGCGGGAAUUUUUUGGGAAAAUUUUUAAAGACUUGAAUGUUCUGAAUGAUUGGUUGGUGUUGGAAUUCUUCAAAUUGGUCGAGAAAUGGUAUUAAGGAAUUUCGGGAAAACAACUUUAUUUUUGUCCUGAUUAAGAGGAAUGUUUGGACAAUGGAAGGAGUAGUCGCCAGAAAAAAGGGUUUUGUGGGAUUUCCUGGAAUUUUUUUGAACUUGGAAAAAUGAUAGUUAGAAUGUCCAGUAUGGUGGAAUGUGUUGAAGGUGGAAUGCUUUGAAUCGGCUGAAAAAUGUGGAAAUGGUGGAAGCUUGAAAAGUGGCCAAUUCAUUUUGAAUGGGAAAAAUGUCCCGGAAAACCUGGAAUUCUGGGAAAUCUGGGAAUUUUUGGAAUUUCUCAGGAGAAAGCCGACACUUCCCGAAUAGGCUGAACAGUUUGAAGUCGGAAUGGUUUGAAUCGGAUAAAAAAAUGUGGAAGUUAGAGCGCGCCAAACUCUGCAGAAGAAGAAUAAAUAUCUGAAUGUUGGUGUGUAAAAGCAUCCAGUAUGUGUGAAUGUUUUGGAGCAUUCACUCAAUAAGUUCAAUAAUGUUUUGGAGCAUUCACUCAAUAAGAUGACUUCCACAGUCUGUGGUUGCUGAGCCUCUCUAUGUCCACCUCUCUAAGCAUACUUGCUCUAAUGGCUUCAUGGUUGCAAUCUCCACUUUCUUCUGGACUUCCAGGCCAUGAUUUGUUUGCCACGACACAAACUGACACAUUUUUGGAAUAUUUGAUUUCAGGCUUUUGUCCGCGUGUCCCUGGCCGUGUGGUGAACACACUGCGGCGGCUUUAAGCUGCGAGCGCCACUUGAAAUCCUAAAAGAGGAAAUGUAAAUAUCAGACAAUGACAAAGAAAGGAGGGAGAGAGAGAAUAAGUCCACUUGAUUCCUUUUCUCUUCUUCCUUGGUUUUUAGGUCAUUGGAACACAUCAAUGAUUCACAAGUUGACUUAUAAUGUUGCCAGGGGUGGACUUGUUCAUAUUUGGAUCUAAUUAGGUGGUUGGGUGUGGUUAAAGGGGAUGUUUGCAACAUUUACGCCGGCGGUGUCCAAAGUGCAGCCCGCGGGUAUAUUUUUAACGCAAACAAGACACUAUUACUAAAAAAACAUGAAAAAGUGGAAUAAAAGCGUAAAUAAAAUGUAAAGAGAAAAAGUUUCAAUGUUGACAUUAAUACAACAAAGCUGCAAUGCAGACUGUCAUUGCGCAACAGUUAAUAAUGAAUCAAAAUAAAUGUUCUUAUGAAUUAUUGCCCUGGUAAGCUAUAAGGCAGGGGUCCCCAAACUUUUUGACUCGGGGGCCGCAUUGGGUUAAAACAAUUUGGCCAGGGGCCGGGCUGUAUGUGUGUGUGUGUAUGUAUAUAUGUAUAUAUAUAUGUGUAUAUAUAUAUAUAUAUAUGUAUAUAUAUUAGGGAUGUCCGAUAAUAUCGGCCUGCCGAUAUUAUCGGCCGAUAAAUGCGUUAAAAUGUAAUAUCGGAAAUUAUCGGUAUCGUUUUUUUUAUUAUCGGUAUCGUUUUUUUUUUGUUUUUUGUUUUUUUUAAAUUAAAUCAACAUAAAAAACACAAGAUACACUUACAAUUAAUGCACCAACCCGAAAAACCUCCCUCCUCAUUCACACAAAAGGGUUGUUUCUUUCUGUUAUUAAUAUUCUGCUUCCUACAUUAUAUAUCAAUAUAUAUCAAUACAGUCUGCAAGGGAUACAGUCCGUAAGCACACAUGAUUGUGCGUGCUGCUGCUCCACUAAUAAUACUAACCUUUAACAGUUAAUUUUACUCAUUUUCAUUAAUUACUAGUUUCUAUGUAACUGUUUUUAUAUUGUUGUACUUUCUUUUUUAUUCAAGAAAAUGUUUUUAAUUUAUUUAUCUUAUUUUAUUUUAUAAUUUUUUUUUUAAAAGUACCUUAUCUUCACCAUACCUGGUUGUCCAAAUUAGGCAUAAUAAUGUGUUGAUUCCACGACUGUAUAUAUCGGUUGAUAUCGGUAUCGGUUGAUAUCGGUAUCGGUAAUUAAAGAGUUGGACAAUAUCGGCAUAUCGGAUAUCAGCAAAAAGCUAUUAUCGGACAUCCCUAAUAAUGACUGAAUUAAUUAAUUACAUAUUACAAAACUGUCGUAUAUACUAAUUCACAGAUGUUAUUUUAUUAUAUAAAAAGGUCAGUAAAUGAUUCUAUAUAUUUGUAAACGCUCUGAAGUGGGAAAGAGGUAGGAUUAAAUAAGCUUUGCUUCUUCCUACUCCUUUUCGGACGUGAUGUAAAGUGAAAUGAUAUGAAAUUGUGUGAUGUAUUAUACUGUAAGUGUGUUGAUGUUCGAAAUAAACUAAAGAAAGAAAGAAAGAGUGGGAAAUUUAGGUUGAAGUUUUGAGAGAGUUACAAACAAAUGGCUCAUAUCUUCUAAAAAAUUCAUUUCAUUUUUUACAAAAUGCUUAAAGGCCUACUGAAAGCCACUACUAGCGACCAC